AUGGCCAGUGGAGACAGCCCUGAGCAGCCUCCCUUGGGGCUGCUGGGCAUGCAGGUCAGGCUCCAGCCCUACAAAUGCUUAGGCACAAACCUUUAUGCACAUCAAAUAGUCCCUCAGUGCAACUGCACUGGUCGGAUGAAAGCACAUCCUGAAGCCUUUGAAGGACUGAGGCCUGGAGUCCUGGAGGGAAGCAGCCAACUGACUCCAAUCCCCUUCUCAACCAGCCAGCCACUCUUUUGUAGCACUCUUCUUCUCACUGGUUACACUCAAUUAUGCUGCAAGAGCUUUCCUGGGCUAUGCCCACCAGAGCAGCCUGGAGAUAAACCUUCAGAAACGGGUGAAGUCCAGCGCAAGGAGGUUUGCCGCUGGCCGUGCCGCUGCCCGCCGGUGCCAGCCUGCAGCCCCGGGGUCAGCCUGGUGAAGGACGGCUGUGGCUGCUGUAAGGUCUGUGCCAAGCAGGCAGGAGAGCCCUGCAAUGAAGCAGAUGUCUGUGAUCCCCACAAAGGGCUCUACUGUGACUACUCGGAAGACGAGCCUAGGUAUGAAACAGGCGUGUGUGCAUAUCUGGUAGCUGUAGGAUGUGAGCUCAAUGGAGUUUAUUACACCAACGGGCAGACCUUUCAGCCCAACCGGCUUUACAAGUGCCUGUGUGUCGGUGGUACAAUCGGAUGUACCCCUGCAUUCACACCAAGAUUAGCAGGAAGCCCCUGCGCCAGGGUACCGGGCAGAAAGAAGCCAGGACAAUCCAGCUGUGGCCUGGGACAGCACAAGCAACUUCAAUCAACCAACUACAGACUGAUGUCAGCUUACAGAAGCUUACCACUAGUUUUGAAGAAAAAGUGCCUCAUACAGGCAACUCCCUGGACACCCUGUUCCAGGACCUGUGGCAUAGGCAUAUCCAGCAGAGUGACCAAUGACAACAGAAAAUGUGAAAUGAAGAAAGAAAAGAGAUUAUGCUUCAUCCAGCCUUGUUUGACCAAUAUGUUGAAGAAAAUAAAGAUUCCAAAGGGAAAAACAUGUCAACCAACUUUCCAGCUUCCAACAGCAGAGAAGAUAGUUUUUUCCGGGUGCUCAACUACUCAAAGAUAUAAACUGACUUUCUGUGGAGUGUGCUUGGACAAGAGGUGCUGCAUCCCUAACAAGUCCAAAAUGAUCACUGUACAGUUUGAGUGUCCCAACGAAGGCUUCUUCAGGUGGAAGAUGAUGUGGAUAACAUCAUGUGUGUGCCAGAGGAUUUGCAGUGCUCCUGGAGAUAUAUUUUCCCAACUCAAACUCCUAUGA